AUGCGAAAGAGACUCAGAGAGAAAACUGUGUGUGUGUUUCAGGGAGGCAGAGCCCAGCGCAAACAGAGACAAGCUGAAGAGAGCCUGAGACCUUACAUUGGCAGAGUCAAACCAGAAAAGCUUUGUGAGCUGCUGAAAUGCCGUACUCCAGUGGGGUCUUGGUGCCAGGUAGUUCAAGAAAACGGAAUUCUCAUCCCCAAGUGUGUUUGUCCUCAGUCCUGUCCUCGGCAGAGGGCACCAGUGUGCAGUGUUGUGGGAAAGACCUAUGAGAAUGAGUGUUGGCUUCAUAAAGAUGCCUGCAGAAAGAGGCGCCGCACCGGACUUGCUCACACAGGACCCUGUCUGGUCCCCAAGGGUAAAUGCACCGAGGAGGAGUUAGGCCAGUUUCCAUAUCGUCUCCUGGACUGGUUUCUGCUCUUGAGUCGUAUGGGGGAAUCCUACGCACCUGCUGCCCCGCCCCAGAGCUGCCUGAGCCACACCCAGAGGACACAGCUGGCACAAAAAAGAUUUACCCUGUUGGACAGGAAUAAAGAUGGCAAGUUGAGCCGCAGAGACCUGAAGAAGCUGCAUUAUAAGAGGAUGCCUUUGGAGCACUGUGCUACACCAUUUUUUCAGUCAUGUGAUCGUAACAGGAACAGGAAGGUGACCCUCAAUGAGUGGACAGCAUGUUUGGUGGAUCGUUCUGAGGCCUGGUUCUAUCAAUUAAUGUCAAUGAGAAUGGGUUCUCUGAAGUUGUGUCCUACAAUCAAAAGGAACUACCUCUGAUACGUCUACUUCUUUUGUGCUGUUAGGAACUUGCAGGCCAUAUCAUGACAGUUACUUGAUUUUAAAGCUGAUAUUAAAUGAUGACAUCG